AUGCGAUAUGCCGGCAAGCGGGAUGCUCACUUUGUGAAAAGGGUCCGUCUCGGACAUGGCUUAUCUUCGGGUAGAGUCGCAAUCAAUUAUAGGGAAGCCGAAACAUGUCAAGUGUGUGUUGCCUGGGCGAAGUCCGAUCUCUGCGGCAUCGGCUGGCUCGAAGGUGCCGGCUACCAUCCGGCUCGGACUUGGGCUAGGUCUCGGGUUGGAUCUCGGGUUGGAUUUUGGGUUGGGGCUCGGCUGACCUCGCCCAUAUCCGGCCGAGGCUGCAAUUCGAUCCCGGUCCGUCCCUCCCCCGGAUGUGGCUCCAUUCGCGACUCGUGUGCUGAUGUGUUUAUGUAA